CAAAUGGCAGCAUUAAAGUCUGUAAAAGCAAAGCAACUCUACCUCCAGGAAAUCGAGAAGGCUCGCCAAGACCUUCGUGCUCUUAUCUACAGCAAGAACUGUGCUCCUAUUAUGCUUCGUCUAGCGUGGCAUGAUGCUGGAACAUAUGAUGUUAAAACAAAAACUGGAGGGCCUAACGGCUCAAUCAGAAAUGAGGAAGAGUUAAAACAUAGUGCAAAUAAUGGAUUGAAAAUCGCGGUCGACUUAUGUGAAGAAGUGAAGGCCAAGCAUCCAAAAAUUACAUAUGCCGACCUCUACCAGCUUGCUGGGGUUGUUGCAGUAGAGGUCACUGGAGGUCCACCUAUAGACUUUGUUCCGGGUAGAAAGGACUCAAAGAAAUCACCACCAGAAGGACGUCUUCCAGAUGCUAAACUCGGUGCAUCACAUUUAAGGGCAACUUUCCUUCGCAUGGGACUUUCUGACCGGGACAUUGUGGCGCUUUCCGGGGGCCAUACUUUGGGAAGGGCACAUCAGGAGAGAUCAGGCUUUGAUGGACCCUGGACAAAGGAACCUGGGAAGUUUGACAACUCAUACUUCGUGGAACUAUUGAAAGGAGAGUCACAGGGACUGCUGAAACUUCCCACAGACAAGGCUUUAGUGCAGGAUCCAGAAUUCCAUCACUAUGUCGAACUAUAUGCACGCGAUAAAGAUGCAUUCUUCAGAGACUAUGCAGAAUCACACAAGAAAUUAUCAGAACUUGGCUUUAGUCCACCUUCUUCAGGUCAGAAGAUAGGACUUGCUCUUAGCAUUGCUGCUGUCAUAGUUUUGGCAUUUGUCUGGGAUCAGUUGACAGGUUUCAGCCCAGACCCUUAUCUAGUAUGGAAACAAUACAAUAAUUAAGGUCCAUGGCUAGUCCCUUCCAUGUAUACUUAAUUUUACUGUGUGAAACAGUGAAUGGGUACAUAAC